AUGCGUGCGCUCUUGCUGUCAUUGGUAGCUCUGGCUACUGCCGUUGUCAAGGCGAAUGUCAUCGUGGAUGACAACACGUGCUACCGAAACAAAGUGCUGGACGUCUGUGAGCCCACGAGUCUCUGCGAGUAUAACUACAACAUCGGAGACCUCACCUUCAACCAGUCCUGUCGAGUCAAGGAUGGCGUGAACUUCUAUCCGCAGCAGAUCCACUUGGCGUUUGCAGGGAAGAAACCUGGUACGGCUAUGACAGUGUCGUGGGCGACGUUCGAAGAUGUGACCGACAGCUCCGUGUGGGUGGGAGAUUCUGAGGAUACGCUGGAACUGGUCGACACGCCGGUGUCUAGUGCUAGUUACUACAGCGACAAGGAGUACAAUUUGUUCCACCAUCACGCGAAAAUCACCGGCCUUAAACCACGGACCAAGUAUUAUUACAAAGUGGGAAGUAGAGGUGACGAGAAGUACACAAGUGAUGUCACUUCGUUCAUUACGGCACGACCAGCUACAGACGAUAGUACAUUUAACGUAUUGAUCUACGGUGAUCUUGGAGACGGCGAGAACUCGGUCGAUACAAUUGCCAACGUGAACAAACUCACCUCGGACGACAUCGAUCUCGUGUAUCACCUCGGCGAUAUCUCGUACGCCGACGACGAUUUCUUGGCCUUGAAGCAAGCCGCAGGUUUCUUCUACGAGGAAGUAUACAACAAGUGGAUGAACUCCUUGAUGCCACUGAUGAGCCGUGUCCCGUACAUGGUGUUGGUAGGCAACCACGAAGCUGAAUGUCACUCGCCAGUGUGCCAACUUUCGCGCAAAAAACGAAACGCGUUGGGCAACUACACUGCGUACAACACCCGGUUCAAGAUGCCCUACGAGGAGAGCAGUGGUACACUGAAUAUGUGGCACUCAUUCGACCACGGCCCGAUCCAUUUCACUUCGAUUUCGUCCGAGACCGACUACCCUGGAGCGCCCUCAAACCGAAUGACGCCUUGGGUCUACAAUGGCAACUUCGGGGACCAAUUGAGCUGGAUCGAAGCGGAUCUCAAGAAGGCAAACGCCAACCGCGCCAACGUUCCGUGGAUCUUCGUCGGUAUGCACCGUCCGCUCUACAGCGUCCUAAACUCGGAGAACGACGUGCCAAACGAGCAAACCGCGUUGAUCCAGGCAGCAUUUGAAGAGCUUUUACUCAAGUACAAGGUGGAUGUGGUGCUGGCAGGCCACAAACACUACUACGAACGAAACCUUCCCGUCGCUAAGAACAAAGCUGAUCUGGACGGCGUUUCAGACGACCAUAAAGUGUACGACAACCCGCAAGCCCCCGUGCACAUUUUGACGGGUGGCGCUGGUCAGGUUGAAGGCAUGUCAAAACCACCGACUCACACUGCAUCGUGGAACACCGUGUCGGACUAUGAACACUUCGGAUACUCAAUGCUAGAGGCGAACCGCACGACGCUGGUGUGGAAGUACAUUAUGAGCUCGGACCAGUCCGUCCAAGACGAGUUUGUCAUGUAUAAGAGUGAAGAACGAGGCAGCCGAUAGCAGUAGUGACACUAGAAUGAAUAGCACUCUUCCUCAGCCUUCAAUGUGAUAAUGGUGGGCGUGUCGCUGAGACAAAUUGUUCAUGAGUUCUCGCAAAUAAUCCAUGUCAC